UACUGAACCCUUAAUAAACAAUGGUACUUAAUUUAAUAAUAAAAUGUGCUAUGAUAAAUUGUAAUUAAUUAUAAAGGGUAGUAUUUCGUAAUAACGGACAUAUAUAAAAGAAGUAUUUCUAGAGCAACAUCAUUAGUAACGGAGUUAAAAUGGCGUUAUUAUAUGCACUAAGUUUUGCUUUGGCUGUAUUUCUAUCAGGGAUGCAGGAAGCCCAAUGUCUGACUCGUAGGUCUUGGUCAGCGUGCAACUAUGAAGAUUUAAACGUCCUCCUCACCCUAGCACGAGCUCUAGAUGAAACUGAAAACGCAAGGCUGUCGUGUAGAAGCAACAUCGACGUCGAAGAAAUUAUUAUGAAAUUGAUCAACGCUCUGGUGUACACGACUGUUAGCAACACCAAAAAUGGAAGCAGUAGCGGUGGAAGCCGCAACUCUGAUGAAGCUCUUAUCGAUUUAGACUUGCUCAACCCUAACGACCCCGACAACGUACUUAAACUAGACCUUGCGAAACAAAAACUGCUUGGUCUUGGGUUAGGUAAUAAAAAUACUGACUGAAAUAUUAUUAAAAAUACAAUAGUUAAACAAUAUUACGUG